AUGGAGAAAACCAAUAAGAAGAGGAACACCAUUGUCCCACCACCCGAGGAAGGAAAGAAGACCGUUGUCCCACCACCCGAGGAAGGAAAGAGGAAACGGGGUGUGAAUUUUUCCCCAAAUGAAAUUAUAAAGUUAGUUGAUCUCGUGGAAUCGAAGUGGUCCGUGAUCAGCAGCAAGUUUUCGGAUGUCAUUACGCUGAAGCGGAAGUCCGACACGUGGAAAGAAAUAACCCUUAAGAUCAACAGUGUGGCAAGCGUCCGGAGAACGACCGAAGCAGUUCACCAUAAAUGGCAUGACCUGAAAUCGAAGGCAAAACAGAAGGCUGCAAAAAUCAAUGUACUGACCAAGCGGACCGGGAACAAACCCCUUGGCGAUGACGUGUCCGAGUUGACGCAACUCGAGCAAAGGAUCGUAGGCCUAAUCGGUGUCGAAAUGAUACAAGGAAUCGCUACUGGUAUGGACACAGAAGAGCUGGACCUACCUGAAGAUGACAUGAACCAGCAAUACCCGUUUUCCCCGUCUGUCACAGAAGCCGAUGAUGACGAAAUUUCUUAUUUCGAUCAGAAUGCGUCACUCUCACUUCAAAAAUCGAAGAGAAUUCGUAAGGUUACAGCAACCGUCACGCGCCCGAACGAUAGCAGCUCAGAAGAUGACACCCGAUCCCCUUCACCGCCGCCAAGUCCUGUCCGACAACCCAAGAGCUGUCGUCCCACUGCUGGCUCUUCCAAGGCGUCUUCAACUGGUUUGUCUGUCGCAGCAAAGAAGUCAUUGCAUACAUUCCAUACCGUUGAAUUGCGGAAAUCACCCGAGAGAAUUCGUAAGGUUACAGCAACCGUCACGCGCCCGAACGAUAGCAGCUCAGAAGAUGACACCCGAUCCCCUUCACCGCCGCCAAGUCCUGCCCGACAACCCAAGAGCUGUCGUCCCACUGCUGGCUCUUCCAAGGCGUCUUCAACUGGUUUGUCUCUCGCAGAUAAGAAGCUUUCACAUGCCGUUGAACUAAUUGAUGUGGAGAAGGAACGGGUCAAAAUCGAGAGCAAGCGACUUGACGUGGAAGAACAACGGCUUCAUCUGGAAGAAACAAAGGUUCAUCUCGCAAAAAAGGCAGUAUGGCUAUUGGAGGUACUAGUGGAUGCUGUUACGGAAACCAGCGAAUCCCAGAAAACUGGCUCAAAACCAAAGGAGUACAAGUCCAGGUCAUCGGCAUUCUCUGUACUUGAAAAAAUGGCCAAAGGAGAGUGACCUACAUAUAUCACGCAAUUUUAAAGUGAUGUUGUUGCUGUAUAACUGCUACAUUGUUUGUUAGAUAGAUAGUGAAGUAAGGAAUAACUGAUAAGAUUGUGCUUUCAUCAAAAUCGUGUUGGUUGUUGGUAUGAAUUUAUACCUUGAUCACAGUACAUUGUUCUGUACAAACAUGAUGUUUAUUUGUUGAUGAAAGAAGAUCGUUGGAAUUGUAGUUUGGCAGUCUCGCCAGUAAUCAAAUGCUCUACAACCUUACUGUUUAUCGUUGUUGAUUGUAACAUGAUGUUGAAAACGUCUCUUGUUACAUGUACCACCAUUUUGGUUGUACACAUCAAUUAAAAUGUUUGGGUUAAUUGGAAAUAAAGUUCU